UUUUCGAUGAAUUUUGACUGAUCUUGUUAAAUUGCGUUGUUUAUGAACAAUUUCUAUAGGAAAACAUUUAUAAGUGAUAUUUUUUAUUCUUUUUUUUAAUGCUCUAUGCGCAAUCAUUUAGUUUUGUCAAAUUUUCUACCUUGGAUUUAAAAUGGACUGCUCAAUCAUUAUUGCUUCGGUGAUCGUAUUACAUCUAAUAGUCGCCGAAGGCCGAGAUGAGUUCAGUAAUAAUGAUGUCAAUUGUUCGAGUGAUGAAGACACGCCUUUGAUAGUUGCCGCGUUUGAAUUUGGGACAGCAUACAGUGGCUAUGCAUUUUCUGUCCGGGGCGAUAAACCAACAGAUAUUCGAGCAAGUCAAGAUUGGACUUAUGGACAUCGUGUGCCAAGCAAGACAGCAACUAGUGUGCUUCUCAAUCCUAGUAAAGAGUUCGAUUCAUUUGGGUUCGAGGCUGAAGAUAAAUAUUUAGGUCUGACCGAGAAGGAAAAACAUCACGGCUGGCUUCUUUUUAGAAGAUUCAGGAUUAUUCUUCACAAUAAGAAGGAUUUAACAAGAAAUACGAGUAUAGAAGACAUAAAUGGUGUGUCAAUGCCUGCCAGGACGAUCUUUGCCAUGUCAAUUCGCUACCUUAGAAACCAUCUGUUGAAACGCCUGGAAAAAGAAGAGCCAUGGGUCAAAGAGAGUGAUAUAAAGUAUAUAUUGACAGUGCCUGCUAUAUGGAAAGAAAACGCCAAACAAUUCAUGCGUGAAGCAGCGGUUGAGGCUGGAAUAAAGACUUCCAAUCUGAUACUAGCAUUAGAGCCUGAGGCCGCUUCUAUUUGGUGUCAAAUUGCAACAGAUGAGGCAAGGACUAUGUUAUCUAAAGCAGGGACACAGUAUAUGGUGAUUGAUCUUGGAGGAAGUUUUGUAGAUAUAUCUGUACAUGAAAAGCAAAUUGAUGGAUCAGUAAAAGAGAUACAUAAGCCUAGUGGAGGAUCGUUUGGUGGAACUCAAAUUGACGACAACUUCUUGCAAUGGCUUACAAAAUUAUUUGGCAAAUCUACCAUGGAAAAUUUUAAAAGUGAGAACAUGUUAACUUAUAUAAAUUUGCUUCGUGAUAUCGAGAUAAAGAAAAAACUCAUGCGACCAGACAAUAAAAGCAUUGCGUUUUAUUUUGGUAAUAGGCUUUUACAAUUAUAUAAAGAAAACGAGGAUAUACCAAUCGAGGAGAAGGCUGCUGCUCUUGGACUUGAGCAUAAAUUAAAACUUUAUUCAGACAAGCUUACAGUAGACGCUUCUGUUAUCAAGGAGUGGUUUGAUUCGCCAAUACGAAAGAUGAUAUCACAUGUAAAAGAUAUUCUUGCUGAGCCAAAUAUGAAAAAUGUAAAAAUUAUUCUGUUAGUUGGAGGGCUUAGUGAAAGUGACAUAGUUUAUGAAACAAUGCGUGAAAACUUUCAAAAACCCUUCACAAUCAUAAGGCCACCUGAGGCAAGUUUAGCUAUUCUUAAAGGAGCGGUAAGUAUUGGUCACCCACCGGCUACAAUAGGUUGCAGAAUAAUCACUUACAAACGCGGAUUGAUGAACGAUUUUGAUAAGAGUAUAAAUCAUUUCUUUUUAUCAUUUUACCUAUUUUUAUUUUAUUUUAUUUUGAAGUUUAUAUUUAUUUUUUGUCUUCAUAUAUUUUAUUUUCGUCGUCAUUAGGUAAAUAUAGGUCGAGGGAG